AUGGUUCUCGAAGCGACUAUGAUAGUAUUGGACAAUUCUGAAUGGAUGCGUAAUGGCGAUUACACGCCUACUCGUUUAGAGGCACAAAAAGAUGCCGUUAAUCUCAUAUUCAGCUCGAAAACGCAACCAAAUCCAGAAAACACUGUUGGAAUGCUAACUAUGGCAGGUAAAAGCCCCGAAGUACUUGUUACCCUAACUUCAGACCACGGCAAAAUAUUGACCGCAUUGCAUAAGACACAAAUCGGAGGUAAAAUUAAUUUUACAACUGGUAUUCAAAUUGCUCAGCUUGCACUUAAGCAUAGACAAAAUAAGAAUCAACGACAGCGAAUUAUAGUAUUUGUGGGCAGUCCGAUCGAAGAUGACAAAAAUGCUCUGAUAAAAUUAGCUAAAAGGACAAAAAAGAAUAAUAUUGCUGUGGAUGUCAUCAAUUUUGGGGAGGAAGCCGAAAAUACUACUAAAUUAGAUGCCUUUGUGAAUACAGUUAAAAGUGGUGAUAACAGGCACGUAUUAAUUAUGCCAGGUGAAGACGGAGGAGUUCCUCCUGGGUUUACAGUCGGUAGCGGAGGUAGUUAUGAAUUUGGCGUCGAUCCAAACCUUGAUCCCGAGUUGGCGAUGGCAGAACCAACUACAAUGGCUGUCGAUCAACCAAUCGCGGGUGGUGAUUCAGCAGAUCGAAAUCAAGAUUCUUUGGUACAACCAUUGGCUUCAGAAAACGAUGGGGAUGUGCAAAUGGAAGAACUAACUGAAGAAGAGCAAAUGGCUCGUGCCAUUGAAUUGUCAAUGCAAAGCGGCGAUGGAAUUGUUGUGUCGGAUGAAGUUAUGAGUUCGGUCCUGCAAUCACUACCGGGUGUAGAUACCCACGAUCCAAGAAUUCAGAAUGUUCUUCAGCAAGGAUUCUCAGGAAAUAACAAUAGUCGAAAAGAGAAUGAUAAAAAAGAUGGAGAAAAUGAAAAAAAAUAA